GCACUUUUGCUCGAGAAGAAGGCAAAUAGAACCGAAAUAGAUUGGCCAGAGCAAACAGAAGCCACAGAACAAUGCACACACAUGUCCGAAAUAAAAUCACAUAAAAUGCGACGAAAUCUGCAGAAUGCAUUAAACAACAGCCUGGCAAGCAUACAGUACUCGGGCUAAGUGAGCUCACUCAAGACCGGCAAUUCAUAAGGAAGCCAUAACCCCGAUAAGUCCUGGUCUUGGUCCUUCGCACCGGAUCCUGGAGAGAUGCCGUCACUGGAACCCUGGCUGGGGGGCGAUUCCUGUUCCUGGCUGGGGAUGCUGCGGCUCCGGCUGCAUAAAUCAAACAUGGACUUCACGUGUCUGUUCUGCUGCAGCCUGGCCUUCGUCCUAUAUCUGAACACCCUGAACGCUGGCUUCGUCUACGACGACAGACGCGCCAUCCUGGCGAAUGCGGAUGUCGCGGGCGGAACUCCCUGGCAGCGGAGCUUCUCGAACGACUUCUGGGGCACUCCGCUGACGGACAGCGGAUCCCACGGCUCGUGGCGACCGCUGUGCGUGCUCAGCUUCCGGCUGAACUAUCUCAUCGGCGGGGGAUUUGCGCCGUGGGGCUUCCACCUGGUCAACAAUCUGCUCCAUUGUGUGGCCACCGCCUUGGUGGUGCGAGUGGCCCGAACGCUUCUGGCCUCCGUGUGGGCGGUUCUGGCCGCCGGCGCCCUCUUCGCCGCCCACCCGAUUCACACGGAAGCGGUGGCCGGAGUGGUGGGUAGGGCGGACGUGGCCGCCUGCGUCUGCUACCUGCUCACGUACCUCAGCUACCUGCGACACAUGAGGUGGCGCGAGUCCGGGGAUCCGCGCCAGUGGCUGGCCCUGGGAGCCACCUUGCUCCUGGCCCUGGCCGGUCUGCUCUGCAAGGAGACAGCCAUCACGGCGCUCCUGGUCUGCGCUCUUUUUGACGUGAUGCGCGGACUCAGCGGAACGGUGGACAAGCAACGCCUACGAUCCGUGUGCAUAGUGAUUGGAGCUCUGUGCUGCGGGGCUUACUGCCGCCUGGUAAUUGUUCCAGGACCGCAGACGGCCUUCUCCAGUGCGGACAACCCGAUCGCGAGGACUCCCUCCGCCUGGACGAGAUUGCUGACCUUCCUCUACCUGCCCGUCUUCAAUCUGCGCCUGCUGCUCCAGCCGAAUGUGCUGAGUUUCGACUGGGGCAUGGAUGCCCUGCCCAGGGUCACUUCUCUGUGGGAUCGCCGUAAUGCCCAGUCAGGCUGUUUCUACUCGGUUUUGGUGGGCGUGGCGUGGCGUAGCUGUAGGCAACUGCUAAGCGGGCCAAGCAAGGAGGUUACCACCAGUGGAGUGUCCUCCUUUCCGCAGUACCACAUCCAAAAGGUGGCCAGUCGCAAAUCCCGCUCCAAGCGCAAGCGAAUGGCCAACAAUAGCAGCAAGUACCAAGCCUUUGAGGCAGCCUAUCACCAUCAGCAGGAUGGAUCGCUUCCAUGUCGCGAUUGCAAUAACAAUAAUAGCAGUGGCUAUGUCUACGAGGGGAGUUCCCCCGUUUCGAACCAAACCCCAACCCAAGGCCCUCACCUCGUGUCUUCCGCCUUCCGCGGCUCCCGCAGCAGCAGCAGUUGCAGCAAUAGCACAAAUAGCUCCAGUUCCAGCUCGAGUUCCUCCUCCAGUUCGAGUUCUAGUAGCUCCAGUUCGAGUGGCAGCUUUCGGUGCUCCUCAAAAGAUUACGUGCUGGAGGGGAUGUCACCGGGAAAUCGGCAUGCCUGCGUGCUCAUCAUGUCGCUUAGCUUCCUGGCCCUGCCCUUCCUGCCUGCCAGCAAUCUUCUGUUCUACGUGGGAUUUGUAGUCGCGGAACGACUUCUAUACCUUCCGAGCGUGGGAUUUUGUCUACUGGUGGGCUAUGGGGUCUCAAAACUGAUGGCCAGCAAUCAGAGAACCCGCAUUACCCUACUACUGAGCUUCAGUGUCCUUUUGGCCGCCAUGAGCCUGCGGACCUUGAGAAGGAAUGCCGAUUGGCGGGACGAGGAGAGCCUGUACCGCAGCGCCAUUGCCAUCAAUCCGCCAAAGGCGUUGGGCAAUCUGGGCAGCGUACUCAGCUCGCAGGGGCGAUAUGAGGAGGCCAAACAGGUCCUGCAGGAGGCCAUUCGGUACAGGCCCAACAUGGCGGAUGUGCACUUUAAUCUGGGCAUCCUGCACCAGAAUCAGCAGGUCUAUCCCGCAGCUGUCGAGUGCUUUCAGCGCGCCAUCAAGUUUCGACCAAAUCUGGCAGUGGCCUACCUCAACCUGGGCAUAUCAUUCAUAGCGCUGGGAAAACGCCAGCAGGCCAUUGAAAUUCUGCAGGCGGGCUCCAAUUUGGAUGGGGCGUCGGUUCGAGAUCGAGGGGCCCAUGAUCAGGCCCGCAGCUCGGCCUACUUGCAGUUGGGCGCCCUCUACGUGGAGCAGGGAAAACUCCAGCGAGCUCUGGCCAUCUAUCGGGAGGCCCUGUCCUCGCUGCCAGGGUUGCCGCAGCAGCGGGAGGUCCUUUACCAGCGAAUCGGGGAUGUCCUUGGCCGCCUGCAGCAGUGGGACGAAGCGGAGCGGCACCAUCGAGCAGCCCUUGAACUGCAGCCCAACCAGGUGGCCGCACAUCUCUCCUAUGGCAUCACACUGGCCAGAAAUAGCAGCCGCGCCUCGGAGGCAGAGAUGUGGUUCAAGCGAGCCCUGCAACUGGCGCCCGAGCAGGCCAGCGUCUACCAUCAUUAUGCCGAAUUCCUGUCGCUGCAGUCGCGACAUCAUGAGUCCGCUAUCUACCAUAGGAGAGCCGCUGAAUUGGCGCCCAACGACUAUGCCCUGGUGGUGGCAGCUGCCACCGCUAUGCGACUGUUGGACAGGAAAGUGGAGGCGGAGCUUUGGUACAGAAAGGCUGUGGCUCUGCGACCGGACGAUGCCCAUGCUCACACCAAUCUGGGCGCCAUUCUGCAUCUGCUGGGACGGACGAAUCAUGCGGCUGCCAGUUAUAAGGCGGCCCUGCGACUUCAGCCCGGAGAUGCCAUCACGCUGGGCAAUCUGGCCAAGCUGGGCGUUACGAAUGUCUAGCAAUUGUAGUGGUCACUAUAGCCAACCAGCUAA